UCCUCUUUUUCACCAACUCAGUCAGAUGCGCACAGCACACAAACUUCCUUGUCCAAGCCCAGUGCGCUGCGCUCCUUCGCCCCGUCCGCAUCUUCAGCAGCCUAACCCGAAGAGACAAAAAGUACUGUUAAGGAAUGGAACCUACGGAAAAGAAAUGAGGAUUAUUCUUUAGUCGGUCAUCUGAAUCUAUAGCAGAACACAUAGACAACCGCAAAAACAUAGUCGAAGUGAGAAGGCACCAUGGGCUGCGUGGGCUCAAAGAAGGAGCAGGAGCCUCUCAGCAAAGGGACGGGUAACGACGACCUGCAGAACCGUGCGCAGACAGCCCACUAUGUCAAAGACCCCACUGCAGGAAACUCCAUGAGCAAAGCUAGCAAAAUGCCAUCCAAUGCAAACUCUUCAGAAGGAGAGAGUAUUGCCAUGGCCCUGUUCGACUAUGAAGCCAUUCAUGACGGUGACCUUGGCUUCAAGAAGGGAGAUAAACUCAAAAUCUUGGAAGAAUCGGGGGAGUGGUGGAGAGCUAUGUUAAUCAGUUCAGGUCAGGAAGGCUACAUCCCCAGUAAUUAUGUGGCCAAAGAUACUCUGGAGGCAGAGGAGUGGUUCUUUAAGGGCGUGAGCAGGAAAGAUGCUGAGAGGCAGCUGCUGGCCCCUGGCAACAAAUUGGGAUCCUACAUGAUCCGAGACAGUGAGACCACCCAGGGCAGCUACUCCCUGUCUGUCAGGGACCUUGAUGCUCAGUCCGGUGACACUGUUAAACAUUAUAAGAUCCGUACGCUGGACAACGGAGGGUUCUACAUCUCUCCCCGCAACACCUUCAGCACCCUGCAGGAGCUGGUCAACCAUUACAAGAAGCAAGGAGAUGGCCUCUGCCAAACACUGACCAACCCGUGCUUGAGCCCCAAACCUGAGAAACCGUGGGAGAAAGACGCCUGGGAAAUCCCGAGAUCAUCUCUCAAACUGGAAAGGAAGCUUGGUGCUGGCCAGUUUGGAGAAGUCUGGAUGGCUACAUACAAUAAGCACACCAAAGUAGCAGUGAAGACCAUGAAGCCUGGCAGCAUGUCAGUGGAAGCCUUCAUGGGCGAGGCCAACCUGAUGAAAAGUCUACAGCACGACAAACUGGUCCGACUCAAUGCCGUGGUCAGCAAGGAGGAGCCUAUCUAUAUCAUCACAGAGUUCAUGGAGAAAGGUAGUUUAUUAGACUUCUUAAAGAGUGAUGAGGGCAACCGUGUCCAGCUCCCCAAACUCAUCGACUUCUCGGCCCAGAUCGCAGAGGGCAUGGCCUACAUUGAGCAGAGGAACUACAUCCACAGAGACCUGAGAGCUGCCAACAUCCUGGUCAAUAAGGCUUUAGUGUGCAAAAUUGCUGACUUUGGCCUCGCUCGCAUCAUUGAAGACAACGAGUACACAGCCAGGGAAGGAGCCAAAUUCCCCAUCAAGUGGACAGCCCCUGAGGCCAUCAACUACGGCUCUUUCACCAUCAAAUCUGACGUCUGGUCCUUUGGCAUCUUGCUGACUGAGAUUAUCAGCUAUGGACGCACACCAUACCCAGGGAUGACUAACCCAGAAGUGAUCCGUUCCCUGGAGAAGGGCUACCGAAUGCAGCGCCUGGACAGCUGUCCCACCGAACUCUAUGAAAUCAUGCUGGAGUGCUGGAAGAACAAGCCUGAGGACCGUCCCACCUUUGAUUACCUGCAGAGUGUCCUGGAGGAUUUCUACACAGCCACAGAGAGCCAGUAUCAGCAGCAGCCAUGAGACUUAACAUCCACAGACGGGUUUUCUCUUAUAGUACUGUUCUAUUCAUACGUAACAAGUCAAGUUUAUAUGUGCAGCAGUGCAAUUCAGAGCCCACACAUACACAUACACACACACACACACACACACACACACACACACACACACAUGCUCUCUUUUUACCAUUCUCUCUCCGUCUGUUUCUCUUUCUCUUUCUCAUUCAUCUACACAUAAUGUAUUGCAACAAGGGACUGUACAAAAAUUAUUGGGGAGGGUGGAUACUUUUUUAGGAAGCUAUGCAUCACUGUUUCUAACAUUUUUUGUAUUUUUAUUGGGCCCUCCGUCCUUUGAGUAAGACCAUUAUAAAGUAAUGUGAGAGACGCAACAUAUAAAAACAAUAUAAAGAGUAAUUGUUAUUAUUUCUAUUAAAAUAUUAUGACAACUCAAUCCUACCUCAUACUUAGGUCAGGGACACAGCACAACAUAGCACAUGACCACAGCUGCAUCACCUAGAUAUUCAUCUUCACAAAACUGACCAUUAAUCAUCUGGAUGCACACCAGCAGCAGUCUUGUAAAUCACAUUGACAUACAGAGUAGUGACCAGUGCAUAAUAUGUACAGACAUAUACUGUAUGUGUUAGUUUUAUCUGCAGCUACAUGUCAUAUGGAUCACUGUAUAUCGGGAAAAACCUGCAAAUCAUUUUGCACAGAAAACAUGUGACCUGAGAUUUAAUGCAUAUCACUCUCUAGGGAAAAUUACUGGUAACGGGUCAUUACUGAGCUUUGGAGGUAAGCCAUGCAAGACUCUUCUCUACAUAUACAAGUGAAAGCAUGUCUUGGCUUGGAUAGGCCCCGCUGAUGCACAGGGUACUUCUAACAAAUGUGCAAGGGAAGGCUGAGGGGAAACAGGCCCUCCACUGUGCUGUAAAAAACAUUCAGACUACUUUUUUCGAAUCAAUAAGAAAAGAUAAAUAGCCAUCCCACUUUUCUGCCCUCACCCGUAUUAUAAUGUUUGUACAGUCCCUAACAUUCAAACAUCUUUUAAAGUGAUGUACACAACAUGCAGAGUAUGCAGGAGGCCGUACAAAGAUACAUGGCCAUAUUCACCAACAAACAAGGCCACCUGGAAGCAGUCACAUGUAAAAGACUGUAUUGAGUUGUUAUGCUCUAGCACACAAUGUGCAUCCAUCAAAUGAAGGCAUUACCACAACACAGAUGUUAAUAGUGAAAUAGGUGCAGUGCUCAGCUCUUAUAAUACUAUGUUGAUGUCAAUAAUUCAGCAGGCAAAGCUGUCAUUGUCCCCUCCCUUCCUGUGAAAGAAGAGUGAGUAUUGUGGACUUUACAAAGUGCAAGAUAUACUGUAUGGCUGAAAUAUGAUUACAUCUUCUAUUUAUAUUCCAUAGAUAUAUAUUUUUUCCAGUAUGAUGUGGCUUGUUUUAGUAUAACUUCUUCAUUGUGCCUUUUUUUAAGUGGUUUCUUUUCUUUUAGUCUAACAUGAUAAUAUAUUCCAUACGCUCUGUAUAUAUAAACAGGUGUACACAAAUACAUAUCAUUAUUUAGGAAUAGGGUAUUUAAUGUGAAGCCAUUUUAACUGAUAAUGGUUGUUGAUCAUUUUGGCCCCUUCAUUUUUUUGUUCUGCAUUGGGAAACUAAUUAAAAAUUAGAGCAUACAGAUUUUCAUAUCUUUUUCUGUGUGAAAAAAAUAUGUGUUUGUGCAAAUGGUACUGGACAUUUGUGUAUUGAAUGCAAUAAUCUUUCCAAAAGUAAAUGCCUUGUCUAUCAUUUUUUUAGUGAAGGACUCAUUACUCUAUUUUUUCUAUGCUGUUUGGAUAAUGUGAUUAUUGUAUUGUUGGAAAUAGUAAUCUGCUUUGUGGACCAAAAUCCAAAGAAUUUCAAAGGGAAUAUUUUUAAGUAUUUAAGAUUUUAUGAUUUGGUAUUUCCACAGAACUGUGAGCAAUAAUAUCUGAGAAAGUUUUCUAUGGAAUGCUUAUAUUAUGGAUUAUGGUGAUAUGUGAAAAUAUAAAAUCAAUGCCCAGCACUGUAUAUGUAUUCAUAGGGUUAUUAAAUGUUUUUGUUUUUUUCUUUAUCACUAUAAAACUCUUUGCAUAUGUUGUUAGAUGCUUGGUUCAAUGAAACUGUGGUGAGCAUUUUCAAAUAAACUGUUAAAAAAACUA